UUAGAAGCAUGUUGUUUAAAAUUAUUUGUGUGGUAUGUCAUUCUGCAAGACACGGCAGACGGCACGUAGAGACUUUUAUUUUGACACAUACGUGGUUUGAACAGGAAAAGGAAGCAGCACACGCUGUGCACAAGUUUGACCCUUGUGGAUCUAGAAUUUAAUUCAGCACUACAGCAUCUGUGAUUUAGAACCAUGAGACUCACAACGUUGCUUUCAAUGGCUGCAAAAGCUGCUUUUCCACAUGAUUAUCGUUAUGGGACGAACAGACCGUGGACGCUAGCGGCGCGCCGUCUCAACCCACCUGGCAGGAAAAGAAGAAAGGUUUUUGUUGAACCAAUUGCAAAUGAGGACUGGCAUGUUCUGAAAGGAGAUACAGUGGAGAUUUUGGCUGGUAAGGACAAAGGGAAACAGGGUAAAGUUGUUCAGGUCUUUAGACAUCGGAACUGGGUCCUACUCGAAGGGUUGAACACGCAUUACAGGUAUGUUGGCAGAUCUGGAGAUUACAGGGGUACAUACAUCGCCAGUGAAGCGCCUCUGUUGCUGAAGGAUAUUUCGCUUAUCGACCCUACUGACAGGAAACCUACAGAAAUUGAUUGGAGAUACACAGAAGAGGGUGAGAAGGUGCGUGUAUCCAUCAGGACAGGACGCAUUAUUCCCAAACCAGUGUAUACGAGAAAAGAUGGCAUCAUUCCCCAGCAAUGGAAAGAUGGACCUAAAGACACAUCUACUGAGGACGCUCUUCAGAAAACAUACACACCUUCUUUGAAAACCCUUGAGGAAGAGGUUAUGGAGAAAAUGAACAUUCAGGAAGAUAGGAGGCCUCGUAAGGCCUAUUGGUACUGAGAUACCACAGAGACUGUGAACAUUGAAGCAACUGUUAUUCAAAUUCAAAGGUUAUUUAUGAUGGAAAUAAAGUGUGUUUGGCAGCCUUUCUCAAUAAACCAACUAAGUGCUAAGUGUA